UCUCUCCCUCUGUCCCCUCUCCCUCUCUCUCUCUCUGUCUUUUUCUCUCUCUCUCUCUCUCUCUCUCUGCUGAAUGGAAAAGUCGGGGGUCUCGGAGCCCACGGGCCCGUUGCUGGGUGCCGGGCAAGUUGCCGUGGGGGCGGUUGGCAGGUCGGCCGGAGCUGAAGGAGAGGACGGAGAGGUGGCGGCUGUGAGCUCCAAACUUUUCUGCUGCGCGUGUUUGAGACGCUGGAUCCCCCUGGCCUACAGAGAGGAGCUCUACCAUGUCCUGAGACUCACAGGCCCACUGCUGGUGUCUCGGAUCUUAAACCUCCUCUUGCCGUUUGUCAUCACCAUAUUCUGUGGUCACCUCGGCAACGCAGAGCUUGCCGGCUAUGCUCUGGCCUCCACGAUCAUCGGUGUUACCACGACAGCGACCGGUUAUGGCCUGUCCUUGGCUUGUGACACGUUGAUCUCUCAGACCUUCGGCAGCAAGAACCUGAAGCGCGUGGGGGUGAUCCUCCAGAGGGGGGUUCUGAUUCUGCUGCUCUUCUGUCUGCCAUGCUGGGCUCUGCUCAUCAACACGAACAACCUCCUGCUGCUCCUAAAACAGGAGGAGGAGGUGGCCAGGGUAGCCCAUCUCUAUGUGACGGCGUUCCUACCUGCCGUUCCGGCUAUGUUCCUUCACCAGCUCCAGUCAUCCUACCUCCAGAGCCAGGGGAUCAUCCUGCCCCAGAUGUACACAGCGGCCAUAGCCAACGUCAUCAACGUGGGCGUCAACUACGUCUUGAUAUUCAACCUGGAGAUGGGAGUCCUGGGCUCAGCCAUAGCCAAUAGCUUGUCUCAGAUCUACAUCUGUCUUCUACUGUAUGCCUACAUCUGCUGGAGAGGGCUGCACAGGAACACAUGGGGAGGCUGGUCCACUGACAGUUUGCAGGAAUGGGGCUCCUACAUGCAGCUGGCUAUUCCCAGCACACUUAUGGUCUGCUUUGAAUGGUGGGUCUGGGAGAUUGGAAGUUUCCUUGCCGGGAUAUUAGGGGAGGUGGAUCUCGCUGCCCAGCACGUCUUCAUGGAGCUGGCAGCUCUCACCUACAUGUUCCCUUUGGGCGUCCACGCGGCCACCUGCGUGCGAGUGGGAAACGCCCUGGGUGCGGGGGACACAUCCAGCGCCAUCAUCACAUGCAAGGUGGCGUUGGCUCUGUCAGGUUUGCUGGCCCUGUUCCAGGGGGUGGGGAUCUUUGGCUCCAAGUCAGUGCUGGGCUGCAUCUUUACCUCCGAUCAGAACAUUGUGGAGUUGGUGUCCAAAAACCUCACCCUCUACACGUUCACACAAUUCUUUGAUGCUAUCGUGUGUGUGUGCACAGGGAUCCUGGUGGGGGCUGGGAAACAGAAGAUAGCUGCCUUAACGAACCUGGUGACGUACUACUGUAUAGGCCUACCUGUGGGGACUGCCCUGAUGUUUGCUGCCAAGCUCAGGAUAAUCGGGUUUUGGGGAGGAUUGUCCAUCUGCAUUGUGAUCCAGAUGACGUUUUUCAUCAUCCUCAUCUUCAAACUCAACUGGCAAAAAGUCACAGAGGAGGCCCAAGUGCGAGCUGGAAAGGGUAGGCCUGUCACAAUUGUGCCGUCAAAGGCUCCUAUUGGACAUCCUGUGAUUGACACAUUGAUUCCAGAGGGGUCCGAAUAUCCACGGCCCACUUUCAACUCUGACAUGAUCCAGUCAGAUAAUGAGGCUCUCAAAGCAGCUGGGCACACCCCAGUCAGCACCCAGGAACAGGGUACAGGGGAGAAGCAGGGACUGAGGGCCGGAGGCAUCAGCAAAGGGCCAGGGGUAUGCGCUGGCGAGGCCGAGGGAGGGGGCGUGGCCCCUGAAAGCCAGACUGAAACGGAGCUGUCCAUGUCUCAGCUGGUGCUGCGGAGAGGCCUCACCCUGCUGGUGUUGCUGGUUAUCCUGGCCACAGGGGUCGCUGUCCACCUGGCUUGCCCCCCUCCCAAGCCUUCCAUACAGAGCCGGAGUAACCUGACCUUACUGGACUGGGCCAACUACUCCUCCACCCCGACACCAGCCCCCUGGCUCGACCUGACCUUGCCCCACCUAACCCUCUGAGGUACCGCACUGCAACCGGGGAGUGGGGGGAGGGAUAGGUGGAGACAAGACUAGUGGAGGAACUGGUGGAGGAACAACAGACUUUGGAAGACUGCAGAGUUGCCUUCUCAUUUAAACUCCCAUAUUACUCAUUUGUGAUUGGUUACUCACUGUUGCAUUACAUUUUCCCUGCUGCUGUCUUGGGGCGGGAGUACAGUAUCAGUCUGGUUCACGCUUCCGAACAUUCUUGUUUCUUUCUCCUCCAUCAUGAUUCUUUAUCACAAACUAAGUUUAGCUUGAAACAAAACAUUGAUCUAAUGAACUGUAAAUGUCUCAUGCAAGAAUGAGUUUUGUAUUUUACAAACUCGACAUGUCAAAUAUGAAUUUGUACUUUGUAAUACUGAGUGCACAGCUCUAGGUAUAGCACUACUUUUAGGUGUACUCACAAAAAGGCGAGGGCUGACUUACUCCAACCUCAAAUGUGAAAAAUAAGAGAUUUUCCUAAACUGACCUAGAUUAUGAAGUCCAAUGGUACAGUAUGAAUCAAUAAUUUUUUAUAUAUUCAUUUUGACCUAAGUGUUUAUUUGCAUGUUCAAUAGGCAAGGUUUAUAAAGUAAGUAAGAAGUUCAACAGACAGUGACAGUCUACGUAGAAGGAACACUGCUCAUAUU